CAGAUUACAGAUCAUAUUAUUAAUUUAUUAGAACAGCUUGAUAAUGACUUUAAGUUGAAGGAUGGAACAUUGAUUAAACCUGCAACAUUUUUCAAUCAAAUCUUGUUACAGAAAUUUAUCCAAGCUCUCGAUUUUAAUCCAUUAGACGACCAAGAUUUAAAUGAUAAAAAUAAACAAGUUUAUCAUGAGUAUUUUAGCCAAUUUACACAUGAGGUGAAUCGUUUGAAACAGUAUUUGAUUAAAUUAUCUUCGGAUUCUAAAUGGGACACACAUCCAUCAACUGGUCUGUCACAAUAUCCACUAUCAAUUUAUCAGUUUGCAUUUGAAUACCAUACGGGUGUAAAGUUACCAACAACAGAUCUCAAGGAAACGUUUGAAAAGAUUAAACUAUGGGGAGAAAAACAUUUGACUCAUUUGAUGAUUGAAUUAGAAUGUUGUUGUGGUAGAAUAUUAAAUUUAGCUGAUGACGAUAAAAGUUUAACAUUGGAAGAAAAACUGACUAGAGUACAAUCAGAUCAAAGUCAAGUAUGGUCAUCCAAACAAGAAAUGAUUGAAGCAUUUCAGAAAUGUUUAGCCAAAUAUAGACACAUUUUCAUUAAAGAGAAAGGUUUCAAAGAAUUCAAUGAACCAGAUAUUCUUGUAUUUGACAAUCCGCUACUCGCCGGAGGUUACUAUUAUCAAAAUAAGUUUUAUUUGAAUGUAUGUGAUUGGGAGUCUGGUAAUGCUAAAUAUGAAGUCGAAAAUUUGACACUGCAUGAAACCAUUCCUGGACAUCACUUACAAAUCGAUAUAUCGCUCAAUUCAUCGAACAGCAAUUAUUUGUGUCAGUUAUUUCCAUAUGUGACUAAUGGCUUUGUUGAAGGAUGGGGUUUAUUUGCUGAACAGUUAGGCGAUUCGAAUGAGGAUAAAUGGAUCUAUUAUGGUUAUCUACAAAUGAAUAUACUACGAACAUUUCGAAUUAUUGCUGACAUUAUGUUACAUGUUGAAGGUUCACCACCUGAAGAUGUCAUCAAGUUAGCCAAGAGAUAUUUGACAAUGGCAUCGAAUGCAAUUGUAUCAGAAAUUUAUCGUUAUCGAGUAUUUCCAGGUCAGGCGAUGAGUUAUAAAAUCGGUCUGGAAGUAUUUAAAUUAAUCAUUAAACAAAAAUUUGGUAUUACUGAUACGGAAGAUUUUCUGAAAUCUGAAUUAGUUGAAUGGUAUAAAGAACUAUUGUGGAAUACCGAACGACCAUUGCAAAUAUUUUUACAAGAAAAUGAAAUAAUUUUAGACUU